AUGAAAUACGGCCCGCCCCUGGCGAAACCCAGACAGUACCCUUACACCCUCGAGGUGCUCGAGACUCAAGCCAAUAAGAAGCUCAUGUCUGAGUACAAGUCAGAUAACAAGCAAUGGCUUUCUGUUCUUGAGGCUCAACUGGCGGUAAACCCCCAGAUGAUCGACCUUCAGCCUGAAGUCCAGUGGUACAUGAGACCAUACCUUCUUGAUUUCUUGGUCGAGCUUCACCAGAGCUUCCGCUUGCAACCGGCAACGCUUUUCCUCUGUAUCAACAUCAUCGACCGCUACUGCGCCAAAAGAAUCGUCUUUAAGCGUCACUACCAGUUGGUCGGCUGCACGGCUCUUUGGAUUGCCGGCAAGUACGAGGACAAGAAACUGCGUGUCCCUACACUCCGUGAGUUGGCCAUCAUGUGUCGCCAUGCCUACGACGAGGAGAUGUUUGUCCAGAUGGAAAUGCACAUCUUGGCCACCUUGGAGUGGUCCAUCUCUCACCCGCUGUUGGAAGAAUGCCUUCAGUUGGCCAUUGUGGAAAGCGGUGUCAACGCUCAUUCCACCCCUUGUAAGUACAAGCGUCCUUCUGUUCUGCUGAAUGAUCCACUGCAGCUGAAGGUUUCGGCCGUGACUGCCGUAGGCCGCUUCUUUUGCGAGUUGGCCCUUUACGACCGUUACUUUUUGACCGUUCCCGUGUCGCUUGUGGCUAUUGCUGCCAACCUUCUCGCAUGCUCCAUGCUUGGUGUGGAUGCUGCCGCCGCCAACUUACGAGUUUUACUCGCCCAGGCGCCUCCCCUGGACUCGCUGGCGGGUCUUUCGGAGGAGAAUCAGGCUCCACUGGUGCAAGGUGCGUUUUUGCUGGGUCUUGAUGCUACUUCGCUCAACCAGUUGCGUAAGAUUGCUUUGGUGCUCAUUCUACAGACCACCUCCCUUCUGGAGGUGUUACAGCGUAAGUACGACGCGCUUGGAGUCAUCCCUGUGCUCCACAACUACACCAACAAGCAUGCGCUCCUCGUUAAGGCUGUGAUUGAGCAUCUGCCUGCCAUUUUGGCCGACGAGCCAAACACAUUGGCUGCUUCUGAGGUGGCUCGUGUGGCUGACGUUUUGUUACAGAUCAGCCAGGACGACUUGAAGCCACCAUCAGUUUUCGUGGCUCCUUCAAACCAGGCACCUCUUCCGUUGACUCCACCUUCUGCGUCGCAGUCACUGGUUUUCUCGCACCACGCCUCCUCAUCCGCCUAUUCUACACCAAUCAUGCAUGGCACACUGGGCCAGUUCACCCUGGCCUACUCGCCUAUGCCGUCGUCUGACCCUGCGUGGUCGUCGCCGCUUGUGCCCAAGGGCCAUUAG